AGGGUGGGUACUAAUGGCACGCAACUGGUGGGCUCAACUGAUGUGGCAGAGAACAUGCGAGGGAACCAAGUGUCCAGCCAGGUGACUGCAACAGCCCCAAACCACCUGCUUCCAAAUGCAGCCGGAGCCACCUUCAGACACUACCUGUCAUCUGGGAGGAGAAGACUUUGGCUAACACUGCUUCUGUCAGGUCACAUCCUGGGCUCUUGUUUCACCCCGAUGGCUGCGCAGAAUUUCAGCAUCUUUGUCACAGUGGAACCUUUAUUUCCUCUGGUGGGAACGGACGUCACCCUCGUCCCAGGAAAAAGCAUGGAGAACUUCACUUCUUGCAGCUGGUACCGAUGGGAUACCUGCAAAGAGAACCAGAUCCUGGUCUAUCAAGUGCUAUUGCCAACUAUUAAAGUGGAAUAUAAAGAUGCCUACACUGGGAGGGAGAGCAUGACCCAGGAUUGCGCCUUGCACAUCACAAACCUCUCGGCUUCAGAUAUCAACUAUUACAUAAUAGAGAAGAACAACAGUGUCGCCUCCGAAAGAGGACAGGUGUUCCUAGUGGUCGUAGCCCACCUCUUGAGCUCUUCUUGCUUCGCGGUGACCCACGCUGCCAGGAACACGUCCAUUGAGAUCAAGCAAAAGCCAGACAUGGUGGCUGUUGGGCAAGACGUCACCCUCUACCCAGGAGGCACCAAACCCAUCCUCUCCUGCAAGUGGCUCCGAGGCGAUAAGUUCAAGUAUUUCGAGAUCUUCCACUACCUGCUCUUCAACUCUUCCCUGGAGUACAAAGAGGCCUACACUGGCAAGGAGACCAUUCACUCCGACUGCUCACUCCACAUCAGGAAUCUGAGCCUUUCGGACAGCAACUUCUAUGCUGUCCACAAAAAGACCACCAAGAAUGACACCGAAGUCGGGGUGCUGGCCCUACUGGUUCGGCCAAAAGUGGAACCAGAGUCAAGAGCUGCUCUCUCCCCCAUAGCCACUCUUGGGGUUGUCGUUGGCUGCUUUGUUGGCCUCGGUUUCUUCGUUGGGCUUGUCGUAUACCAGAGUGCGAGAAAUGCUGAAAGCACUGCUUUCCCUGAUACUUCUCGGAGCACCAGUCAUCAUUCUGAAACCCACGUUGUGAGUCAGCAGAGGCUAAGCGUGGUAGACCUCCCUCCACCUCAAGAGCACAAGGACUCUCUUUCAACUAACUUGCAACACCAGGGCUACCGUGCCAAUGUCCAUCUGGCUCUUGAACGGGAACCAGUAGGAAGCAGCUCCGAAUCCAUUCUCCAACCAAAUCGCACACUGGCCAUUCAGCAGGUUCUCCCGCAGAACGACGGGAAUUACCAUGGCCAAGUCUCCAACAAAAUGAGUGAGGGCUUAGGUUUCCUGUGA